AUGGGAGUUCGGCUUUUAUUGAGGUGUUUAGUUGGAGAUUUAAAAAAAAAUCAUGAAGGUUGGGCUAUGGAAACGGAGGAAUAUGCCAAGGGGAUUGUGAUUUCUGGUAGAGUUAAGGAUGCUGACCUCGCCGUUGAGUUGUUUAUGGAGGCUGCUAGUGUGGGGAAGAGGACGGCUUCGACGUGUAAUGCCUUAAUGUCAGCGUAUUUGUACAAUGGUUUGGAUUGGAAAUGUCGGAAGUUGUUUAUUGAAAUGAAGAAAAAAGUUGUUCCUACUAUUGUUACUUAUAACAUUUUAACUUCACUGUAUGGUCGAUUGUGUUUGGUACCUUACAUGGAGAGGAUAUUUUUGGAGAUAAAGGAGGCAAACCUCUCUCCUAAUAUAAUCACUUAUAACAAUCUUAUUUCUGGGUAUGUUAGUGCUUGGCAAUUUGAUAAAAUGGAGUGGAUGUAUGCAUUCAUGGAACAAGGACCUGUCAAACCUGAUAUUAAAACCCAUUUGUACAUGCUUCGAGGUUAUGCGCAUUGGAAGAAAGUGGAUAAGAUGGAGAGUAUUUAUGAAUUGGUUAAGGAUCAUGUAAAUGAGAAAGAUGUGGUACUAGUAAGAACCAUGAUUGCUGCAUACUGUGAUUCUUCUGACCCUGAUAGGGUUAGGAAGAUUGAAGCAUUGAUGAAGAUUAUCCCGGAAGAGGAUUAUAGGGCUUGGUUACAUGUGAAGCUAAUUAACGUUUAUGCCCAAGAGAACUUGAUAGAACGCGUGCAGUGUUAUAUUAAUGAUGCUUUUAAUCGUAACACUAGGGUUGUAACAAAGAAUGUGAUGUUAGCAAUCAUAGCAACUUUUUUCCGUUGCAAUGCUGUGGAAGAGCUGGCGAAAUUUGUGAAGCAGGCUGAGUCUGCUAGAUGGAGGAUAUGUCGAUCCUUGUAUCAUUGUAAGAUGGUCAUGUAUUCAUCACAAAAUCGGCUUGAGGAAAUGGAAAAAGUUCUUGAAGAGAUGGAACAAUCUAAUAUCAAAGAAAACAUUCUUGAUUAUGUAUAG